AUGGCGGAGGUGGCGGUUGCAGAUGAUGGCCCUGCGCAUGAAGGUGGGGUGGAGGCGGACGAGAGUAGCAUGGCUGCGGGACAGGUCGCCGGGUUGAUGUCACCAGCACCCGAGAAUGCCACUGGCCCGACGAGCCUCGAGGCUUCAUUGGCUGGCGCCGACGCAACGCACGCCGUCCCAGACGGUCAGAGCCCGAGCCCUGAUCGGCAACUCGGCGAGCACCCCACAGAUUCGGACUCAAAUACCAAUGUUUCAACUUGCGCCGGCAAUGAAGACGAUGGGUGUUGCAAUGCCAGUCAUCGUUCUGGAGAUGUGGGAAGCAUUGGUGAUGAGGUGGGUAGGCCCAGCAACGUGGGGAGCGAGCUCUGUGGUGGCAAUGGCGCCUGCAGCGAGGCGACCUCGGCAUCUCAUGCAGCGCACGACCACCACGACCAUGAUGCCAGUGUCGAGCCCUGUUGUGACGCGAACGCGGUUCCUCAUGCGUGUGAACAGCAGGCCCUGCCUGCAUCGCCUGCGUCCAGCAGCAGGUCAAGCCGUAGCGGGUCUAGUUGUAGCGACAGCAGCAGCGGCGACAGCAGCAGCGGCGACAGCAGCAGCAGCAGCAGCAGUGGCAGCCGAGCUGCAUCGCCUGAAGCGGCUAGGCCACCCCGGCCCACCUUUCGCAAGGUUAAUCGGAGUGGCAAUACCAUCUACGUUGGAAAUAUCGAUCCACAAUGCACCGACGAGCUGCUUUUUGAGUUAGGAUUACAGGCUGGGCCCGUUCUGAACGCUGCCAUCGCUGGCAAUCCCAACGGCGAUAAACUCUCCUUUGGAUUCAUUGAAUAUAAGCGAGCCACCAGCACCGCCUUUGCCAUUGCUCUCCUGGACGGUCUUCGCCUUUUUGGACGAACGCUCAACGUGAAGGCCGGAGCUCGUCGCGGCGUAGCCACCGGCGAGUCGAUGCCACCCCUUCGUGCCCCCAUCCCACCCCAACCUCCGGGGCCCGCAGCCCUCGAGCGGCUGCGGCAGCCCCGACGAGGCCUCUUUUCCCCGCCCUGGCCAGCAAGAGGGCCCGAUCAAAGGCACCCAGUCUGGCCUGGACCAGGGGCUCCCUAUUUUGGCUCACCUCACGCGUCAUACCCUGCGCCACCACCGCCACCGCCACCGCCACCAGCCCCAUCCGGCGAACACACAGCCCCUCCGCACCAUGCAGCUGCGUGGUCUCACACAGGACCUGCGGCAUACCCGUUGCCAUCCUCACAGCCACCGCUGACCAGAUCAAUCCGUUCGAUGCCACCCCUGCCAGCACAUGCGACUGCGCAGUCAGACUGGCCGCCUACAACAAAUACCCGCGAACGUUACGAAUACCCUCCUAUCCCACCACGGGCAUCCUCAUUUGCUGAUACGCAGUCAUCGCGGUCUUACUGGGACCGCGACCACGAUGCCCCCUCCUCAAAACGCGUGGCUUAUGAUACAGGCAUUGGUCCUUCGGGCUACUCGAUGCCACCGCCCGUGCAUGCGCCCAGAUGGGAGCGCCCCGCUUACUUUGAUCCACCACGAGCACGGCCAGUGCCCUACGACCACGGUUACCGGCGCUAUUCUCCCCCGCCUAACCCGUCCAAGUAUCAAGAUUAUGAGGCGGCGGCACGGCGCUAUGCCAGUGCGAGUCACGAGACAAAGCUACAGGAGCGCAGUUACUAUGCUUCAGAGCCAUGGCGCCCGGACCGUCGGCCCGUGGUUCCACCACCCCCCGCAGGCACAUCAUCAACCUUUGCUCCCCCUCAGCCUCCCCCGCAGCGAGCUUGGGAACCUCCAUCGGUGCGGGGCUUUGACAAUCCUGUUGCGUCUAUUCCGCCUCAAGGCGGUCAGCAGUAUGAAUGGCUUCAGCCCGACUCAAAUUCAACCAUGGCUGCCAGGGGUUAUUCUACUGGACCUGUGUUUGGAGAAUCGCCUGCAACGAGUUCUACGGCAAGCUCACAAAGACUGAGUACUUGGCUGCGCCAAGGUGGACGAUGA